AGGGUGCCCUUGGGGCUCAAUGGCUGCUCGAGUGUUCACUGCAUGCUGGUUUAAAUAUCGUGUCUGCUUUAAAGUGUAUUCAUCAUGAUUCUGCAGCAGAUACUGCGGCUUUCUUCCAUUUUUCGCUCUGCUGUCUCCGUACACUUGCAUAGGAACAUGGGCCUCUCUGCUAUUGCCUUUAAUAAGGCUAAAGAGCUUGAUCCAGUUCAGAAGCUCUUCUUGGACAAGAUCAGAGAAUACAACACAAAGAGCAAACAAGCUGGGGGGCCUGUUGAUGUAGGCCCUGAGUUUCAGAAAGAAAUGAAUGAAUCACUUGCCAGACUACAACGGAUGUAUGGUGAAGGAGACCUAACGAAGUUUCCAGAAUUUAAAUUUGAGGAGCCCAACUUUGAAGAGACUCCAAAGUGAUCGCAGGUUGUCAAACAGCGGUGUACUUCCAUGGAGGUGCUGAAUAUGACAUCAGUUGUAACUCAAUAAAUGUUUCAGGUUGACUUCAGAAGUGUG